UACAGACUCUAGGACGCAGCUCGGUGAAGAAGUGACAGGAGGAUAUAAACAGACGAGAUUAAACGCUUUCUGUUUAAAUAAAUCGAUAUUUUUAGACGAAAUCCGAGCACUCGAAUAUUUCCUCGGCCUCAGGAAUAUUUACAUUGAAUGUGAUUUUGAUGGUGUGGACGCUCAUCGUAUUUAGGAUCCAUGUCUUUUUUGCGCUGGGUGUCGGAGAAACUGAGCGUGGAGAGUCUGAGGGAUUUGGACUUAUUUGGCGGCCCAUGAGGACAGUCGGGAAUCUCUGAGCUCCCUCCCACGCCGGGACACCAUGGGAACCUUCUUACCCGACAGCAGUGCCUACGAGCUCCUCACCGUCAUCGGGCAUGGUCUGGAAGACCUGAUGACCGUGAACUUGGCCCGAUACAAACCCACCGGAGAACGCGUGGCCAUCCGGAGGAUUGAUAUGGAGUCCUGCACCAACGACAUGGUCAAAUACCUACAGGAAGAAAUCCAUGUCUCCAAGUUGUUCCACCAUCCAAGCAUCCUCCCAUACAAGAGCAUCUUCAUCUCCGAGAACGAGCUAUGGGUGAUCACACCAUUCAUGGCCUACGGCUCGGCAAGAGAUUUGAUCAGCACUCAUUUCACACACGGUUUAAGUGAGCUGACCAUCGCGUACAUCCUGCUUGGAAUUCUGCGUGCGCUGGAGUACAUUCAUCACAACGGCUACGUGCACCGGAGUGUGAAGGCGAGUCAUAUCCUGAUCUCGGCGGAUGGACAGGUGUAUCUAUCGGGUCUGAGGAGCAUCUUCAGUCUGAUCCGACACGGCCAGCGAGCACGCGUGGUGCACGACUUCCCCCAGUACAGCGUUAAAGUGCUGCCCUGGCUCAGUCCUGAGGUGCUACAGCAGAAUCUUCAGGGAUACGACUUCCGCUCCGACAUCUACAGUCUGGGAAUUACGGCUUGUGAGCUGGCCAAUGGCCAUGUGCCCUUUAAAGACAUGCCUGCUACACAGAUGCUGUUGGAGAAGCUAAACGGUAUUGUACCAUGUCUGCUGGACUGCACCACCAUCCCGGUGGAGGAGCUCGGGAUGAAGUCUUCGCGCUCUGGGGCGGACUCUGGGAUCUGCGAGGGCCCCGGGGCCGGUGGGGCACGCCAUACUAACGGAGAGCCGAACCCCUACAGCAGGACGUUCAGCCCACACUUCCACAACUUCGUGGAGCUCUGCCUGCAGAGGGACCCUGAGAAGAGACCUUAUGCCAGCGCUCUGAUUGGUCACUCCUUCUUCAAGCAGAUAAAGCGACGUCCAUGCGAGGCCCUGCCCGAGCUGCUGCGUCCCAUCUCGCCGCUUGGGAGCUUCGAGUGCAUGCGGCCUCAGGGCCCGCCCUCGGCGCUCGCCAGCCUGGAGUCCGGUCUCAGCCACCUGGACGUAGACGACUGGGACUUUUGACAAGAAUCAGUGUUGGAUGACGAGAUGAAGCUUAAGGAUAUUUAGGGAUUAAAAAAUAUGACUUGUUCCUGAAAUGUUUGGGAUGUAACCGAGGGAUUAGCGGUGUGUACGUCUGAUGUAGGGCUGGCCGAUAAAACAGUACGAUAUCGAUAUCACGAUACAUUAAGAACAGUACUGUAACUGCGCUCUUUUUUUAUUUUUCCUGUCUCAAAAAUUUGUGUACGCGGUUUCAUUUCUACUCCAUGCAUCGUAUAUUUUUGUGACGUGGUUUUCUGAUAUUUUUACCAAAAAAACCUGAGCAAAACCACAUCAUGACUUCAUAUCAAGAUUAAGUAUCGUGAUACAAAGAAAAAAAAAAUCAGUUCCCACCCCUACUAGGAUAUGUAUGUUUGUGUUGAUUAUGCGAUCCAGUCCCCCCCGAAGUCUAUGUAUAUAGUUGUGUACGUAACAAACGGGUUGAAGGAGGACUUUUUUUUUCUUUUUUUAUCUCUCACAGAGAGGUGCAAAGCCAGCAGCCGCCGCCGCAGCAGCCUUGUCCGAACGACGACGCGCAUGAGGUGCAGGAAUCUGAGAACGCAUACAAACGCAUUUUCACAAAGGCAGGUGCUUCGUUUUGUGCGCGCUUUCAUUACCGAGCAUCGUUACACCUUUUGUAGCAGAACAAUCCGAGUAUAAACGAGACGCCGUGAAUGUGGAAUAGCUCGGUGCUUCGUGUGCAGUGCUUGAGGGCCGAGACUGGUUUACACGGACGAACUGAAGCUACACCGUCAGAAUGUGAAUUUAGUGAUAUUUUGAGAUUUAUGUGAGAUUCUUCAUACGUACGUUUUUACUCAAACUACCAGCACGACAUGAGCUAAUACGCAGGUUGGUGUGUGAAAUGGAGAAAUGUCAGCAGUUGUAAACUCAUCUUAAAAGGUCAACACACAGGAAGUUCACUUUUUGUCCCCUCCUCAUGUCCAAGAGCUAUUUCAGUUUGACACAUUUUCUGCAUCAUGAAGCUUAUUCCAGCGUUUUCUUCGAGUUUCAUUUCAGUUCGCGGAACGCCAUGACGACGGAAACUGUAUGGAGUUUUUCCAGAUGUUGCAUAAAUAGCUGGAAACAAUAAAGUCUGAAAACUCA